ACACUGAGCCUCUCGGGACCUGUCCCUGUAGCAAUUCAGAUAAUUGAAGGCCACCACUUGUUCCCAAGGACGCCCAGAAGCCUUGCCACGUCAAGCCAUCCCCUGGCAGGAUGAGCUUCUCGGUCACGUUCGCUGAGCUGGCCAACAUAGCCAUACCACAGUGUGGAGUGGUGAACUUCAAGGCCCUUCACCUCCUGAUUCAGGGCAUCCUGGACCACAUCCAAAUCGCUGGGCUCAAGAAGGUCCUGUCAGGAGAAGAGGAUUUCCUCCAGACCUCACAGGUGGUGCUUAUGCCCACGGAGGGGGGUCCCCAGCCCAUCCUCAACCCCAUGAAGAGGCUCAGCAACGUCUUCGACCAUGUGGUGGACCGCAUCAACAAGAUAGAGAGUCAGAUAUUCACCAUGAAGGGCAUGCCCUCUACCACAGAGCUGCUGGAGGCCAGCCACGGGACCAGCCGGCCCGCUGAGGACCUGUGGAACAUGAUCAAGCUCGUGAAGAGGGUGGAGGGCAAUGAGGAAGGCUUAGCGAAGAUCAUGAAGACUCUGCAGGACCUGCUCACCGAUCUCCAUUUACUCAAGAACACUGUUGAAACCCUCCAGAAGGACGUGGACCUGAUAAAGUACAUAUUUGAAAAGGUGAACCCAGAAAGAAUGGAGCUUGUCUGUGAAGACUUGAAAAUACAGAACCGGAAGUUGGGUGCCCUGCAGCGGGAAGUGGUUACCAUCCAGAACAAGGUUCGUGCUGUCCCCCAACCUGAGGAUAUGGUGCUCUGGAGUAGUCUCCAUGAGGCCAUGUUCACUCCGGGACCUCAGAUGGAACUGGAACCGUCCAAGACGUGGCAGAGUAUGUCCUCUCUUCCAGAACCUACCUUGGGGCCGGCUGAGGACGGCGGCCAGACUGAUGUCUCACACCCUACCCACAGUGCCACCCCUUUGCAGACCGUCCUGCAUUUUGAAACCACGGGAGUCCUUGAGGAGGAUGCCUUCACCCAGGCUGCUGAAUUUAGCGCCCCCCAGGGGGUAGAGUAUGCUCAGGUCUCCGUGUCUCAGUCUGGAUCUAUAAUUGCACCUGGACAAGUACCAGGGCCUAGUGGGAGACCUGGUCCUGGUUUCAUCCCAGCCGCUUGGUCUAGACCUGGACUGGCUCCCCCAGACGCAUGGCCCUUACCACCAAGAGGCUGGCCUGGGGCUAAUGCUUGGCCUAUGUGGAAUAUGAGUACCUUCCAGCCUAGCCUAGGUCCAUUUGUCCCUCUGGGCCAGAUGUACAGGGCUCCUUUCCCAGGCAUGGAACCUGGACCACCAUGGCCUCCUCAGGUGUGGCCACGACACCAGAUUCCUGAAGUAGGAGCCCGCCAACUUUCAGAUAUUGAAGAAAGAGGGGGUGAAUCUGAAUAUGAUUACGUCGAAAUGUAUCAUGAAGCGAUCCCUAAAGAUGGGGCUCCCCAGGAUGUUAUUCCUGAGGAAGGGGCUCCCCAAGAUGGUAUUCCCAAGGAAGGGGCUCCCCAGGAGGAGAUUGCCAAGGAAGAGGCUCCCCAGGAUGGGACUCGCAAGGAUAGGGUGCACCAUCACAGAGUCACCAAGGGUGGAGCUCCCAAGCACAGAACCCACAAAGAUGGGGCCCCCCGUGAGAGAGCCCCAAAAGAUGAGGCUUCCCAAGACACAGUUCCCAGGGCCAUGGCCACCAAAGAUGGAUCCCAGAAAGACAUGACCCAAGCAGCGCACCCUAAGGGCCCUCCGUCGGCCCUAAAGAAGCUGAAGUCCGCCGUGGCGAUAGCUGCAGCAACUGCUGCAGCGUAUGCAUCAGCAGCAAACACAGCUGCCCGGGCAGCCAAAGCUGCGGUCAAGGCAGUGAAAGAUGUUCCUGCAGCCCAAAUGGCUUCUUUAGCCUCAGCUGCAGCAGAGGGUGGGCCUUUAGGGGCCUUUGCAGAUUUCCUGGGUGCAGGAUCUAGCCGUGGAGCCACUAACUUCAUGCCCUUCAGUGACGAUGAGCUAGAAGACCUUCCUGAAGAGAUCAUAUCAUCACUUCUUCACCCCAUGGCACCCAGAUCAGUCCUGUCCCAGGCCAUGGUAACUGCCAUGCAAGCUGAGAGCCCUGAGGAGAAGAAGAGGGCUGUCCAGUACUCCAUGAGCCACAUAGCCCAGAUGCCUAUCAGGCACGAUUCUCUCAAAGAAGAGUUUGCCCAUCUGUCGACCAGCCUGCACCAGCGCUUAAAUUACCUGGCUAACAUUGGAGGCCCUGCCAAGAUUGGCAACACAAUGAAUGUGCUGGAGGAGAAGAUUUGUAACCUCCAGAAAUCCAGGCUACAGGAAGAAGAACUUGAGAGAGUUUGGGGCCACCAGAUUGAGACAAUGAAGAGUCACUACAUGGUGCUCGACAGGACGGUGGAAAAGCUCCAGAUUCGCAUAGAUGACUUCAAGAGCCUCAAGGAUGAAAUCCAAAGGCUGGAUCAGAUUAAAGCCGAUAAAACUACGAUGGACCAGGAGCUGAGAGAAAAAGCUGACAGGGAUGCCCUGGCAAGCAAGGCAAACCGGGUGGACCUGGAGGUAACGGCGAUGGAGCUGAACGAGAUGAUUCAGAGCAUGCUCUUGAAGAUCACGACCUAUGAGGGGGAUUGGAAGAAGUCACUGAAGCACCUCAGGAAGGACCUGAACACUAAGCUAGUCCACAGUGACCUCAAUAGCCUGAAGAAGGACAUAGAGGAGGUCUGGAAGAUCGUUCGGAAGCUCCUGAUAGAAGGCCUGCGAUUCGAUCCCGACAGUGCCGCAGGCUUUAAGAAGAAACUGUUCGAGCGGGUGAAGUGCAUCUCCUGUGACCGGCCAGUAGAGAUGAUGACCGGCCCACAGCUCAUCACCAUCCGCCGUGGGCUGUCACAAGUGAGGCCAGCCAGUGCCAACAGCUUCGAGUAUCUGCAACGGCAGCUGAUAAGGGAACAACAGCACCAGCUGCAUUUCCACAACUUUGGAGUCCAUGAGGAGGGUCUAGGCCCCCAGAAGGACUGGGGUGAUGGACCCCGAAAUGGGACCAUCUUCAAGCACAAACCAAAUGACCUGUCAACAGUCUACCCUUACGGGGACCCUGAGAUAAUGGACUAUGACACGGCUGAGGUGGACAUCCUGGGAGUGGAUGGGGUCCUGUACAAAGGCCGAAUGAACACCCAGUUUGGGACUCGGACUGGGGAGAAGGACCUGGCAGCUGUGAAGGUUUCCUAUCCUUCAGUUCAAAACCUGAGCGAUCGUGUGCGCCCCGGAUCCUUACUUUCUCCGGGCUACCCCCCCUUAGGCCCCCGCACCAGUAUCAGCUCUGGUACCACUCUACAUUCUGCCACAACGGUGGCUCGGCCGCCAUCCCUGCCACCAGUGCCACAGCUACCGCCACUGAUCCCAAGGGACCAGCAGGAGGCCCCUGGACCCACAAGGCACUUGAAAUCUCUGCGGCUGGAGUCCCUAGCCAGCACCCAGAUUGCAGAGGAGCACACCCAGCUGUGAGACACAAGCCUGUGACCCAACUACCAUGGGGUCCCCUUCACUCUAAGGAAGAGACCUGGGGCCCUGGAUCAGACCCAGGAAAGGGUUGCAGGGACCCUGGAUAUAGAGGGAAGGGUCUGCAUAGGGGACCCACAUAGACUCAGCGUUUAACUAUGUACCUAAAACACAAACCACACAAUCCUUGGCCAACAUUUUCAUGAAUAACACAGCUUUUGAGUGAAGGUUUUCAUAGAGUCAACUGAAUUUCUUAAGCACUUCCCUCUACAGUACAAAGUGGUCUUAAAACAACCCCUUUGGGUCGGCAGAGUGCUUGCCUAGCAUGCACCACCGAGUUUGAUACCUCUAGAGAAGCUGGUAUGGUGGUAUACACUGGCAAUACCAGCACUUCAGAUGGAAUGGCAAGAGGACCUGGCCAAGGCCACUCUCAGCUACACAGUGAGUUCAUGGACAGCCUGAGAUAUAAGAGACCCUGUGUCAAACAACAAAAACAAAAAUCCCUCUCCUUGGCAUUCUGCUAAGAUGUCGUCAGGAUUGGCUUCUGCCUCCUUGAAUCUUCUGUAGAAGCCAAUAGUUCCCAUGGGAAGCAAAUUUCACCAUUCACUAUUUUUUAUUUCCUGUGACCAUUAUCAUGGCUCUUACUUGUGUGGGAGAGGCUAUAAGGUGGUGUGUGUGUGGUGCAGGGGUUGGGGGGUGUUGCCCCUGUGUGUGUGCUGAGGUCAGAGGAAGAUGCUGAAUGUCCUGCUCUUUUUUUAAAAGAUUUAUUUAUUAUGUAUACAACAUUCUGCCUCCAUGUAUGCCCACACGCCAGAAGAGGGCGCCAGAUGGUUGUGAGCCACCAUCUGGUUGCUUGGAAUUGAACUCAGGACCUCUGGAAGAGCAGCCAGUGCUUGUAAUCACUGAGCCAUCUAUCGAGCCCCGUCCUGCUCCAUCUUACUCCCUUGAGACAGAGUCUCUCACUGAACAUGGAGCUAGGCUGGUGGCCAGCAAGUCAGUGACCCUCUAUCUCUAUCCCCACCCUCCACGGCUGGGGUUAUAGAUAUGUGCAAGGCCACACCCAGCUUUUUACAUGGGCUCUAGGGAUUUGAACUCAGGUCCUCAUGCUGAUGCAGCAAGCACUCUUGUUGAGCAUCUCUUUGAUCUGUUUAUUUUUGAGACAGGGUCUCAUGUAUCCUGGGCCGGCUUUGCCUUCACUCUGUAGCUGAGGAUGACCUUGGUCUUAUGAGCAGCUACCACCUGAGUGUUGGAUUACAGGAAUGUGCUGCUUCCCAGUUUCUGCAGUACUGGGGAUCAAACCAAGGACUUUGGCAUGUUCUCUAGCAACUGAGCUACAUCUCCAGCCCUUGAAUUAAUUAACUAUUUACUUUUUUUUUUUUUUUUGAGACAGGGUUUCUCUUGUAGCCCAUGCCCGGCUCACUUAUAUUUAUGUUUUAACUAAUCCACAGAGACUGGAAUACCACCCUUGGAGUAGUCCAGGACUGUGAAGUACCUUCCAAGUACUGUAAACCUAUUCUGAGCCUAGCAGGUUCACAGCCCAUGUACUUGGUGGAAGAACAGCACACCCUGAGGUCCCAUCUUCCUGUGGCAAUAGUGACGAGUCUUGGGGCAUAAAGUGUAGGGUGCAAGUGCAGCCAGACACACACACACACACCCCGCCUCAAACUGGGUUAUUCCUUCUACCAUUCCUCUCUCCUCAGGCCCUAUCCUUUCUCUGUUCUACUGCUGAGAGUUCCACCUCACUUCACAGAGGCAGACAACUUUCCUGAACACAUGGGGGGGGGCUCCUCCCCUAUAGGGCACCAGCCGGUGGGUUGAGUGGGGGACUGGGACAAGCUGGGAGGGGGCAUUUUCCAGGAGAGCUGGGGGAGGGGACCUGGAAAGGAGAGCUCCAAAUGCUGCCUAGGGCUGGUGUGCUGGAAGAAACCCUUGGUUUAGGAGGCCACUGGUAUGUGGGGGUGUUGUGUGCUUGUCUGUUUCCAAUGCUCCCUGAGGCCUCUGGUCAAUUCCAGUUUGUGGCCCGAGGUCACCCAUAGCCAACUCCCCUUUUCUUUUUGGAAAGAUGUCCAAAUGAGGCUGGGGAGUCCUAACCUAGGUAACCCACUUAUCUAUUCCUCCCUGGAGACUCCACUCCUAUGACAUAGAUAGGUAUUUUGGCCAUUUUCUGCCCAGAAUAAAAUCUUACCCUACCAAGCAGUGGUGGUGGUGGCCUUUAAUCCCAGCAUUUGGGAGGCAGAGGCAAGCAGAUCUCUGAGUUUGAGACAGCCUGGUCUACAGAGUGAGUUCCAGGACAGCCAAGGCUACACAGAGAAAGCCUGUCUCAAAAAAAAAAAAAAAGAAAGAAAGAAAAAAAGAAAGAUUGGGAGGGGGAGAAAGACAGACUUAAUCCUUUCAGCUGGUAGAUGUGGAACUAGGUCUGGAGCCCUCUGUAGUCAGCAGCCUUGUCCAUUUUCCUCAUGGGUGGGCCUUGCUGGCCCCUCUUCUGGCCACUGAGGCUAGCCUUCAGUGUCUCUAUCCAGAAUACUCGAGAUCUGCAGAGACUCAAGCUGUUGAGCACCAUGGCAGCACAUCCCCUGAGCUGCUUCAACC